CUGUCAGUAGUGGUAGAAGCCCCGGUUGGGGUCGAGUGAGAGUGCGAAUAUAAGCGCGUGUUCAUAGCAGUGUGCUUUCGCGAAUGUCUCUCGAGUGCAUCUCUCAAUAGAGCGAGAAAAAUAUAUAAGACCUUAAAACGCCGUCACAUAGAAAAAUAACAACGACGAAGACGACGACAGAUGUAGAGGACGCAUUAUCAGCGUCUUGAUUGUCUUGAUCGCUUUCGAUUUGGCCGGGUUUGCAGAGAAAAGUGGCGCGAGAGGGUGGACGGGAGUAUAGGAGACUGUGAGAGAGGCACCGGCAAGAGCUACUGGUGCACACAAUCAGGAUGCGACUGAGGAGUGAUACAGUUACAUCGAUUGUAUAUCAAGAUCCUCGAAGACCUAACAGUAUCGAGGACUCAUUUGCCUAAGAACUUUAAACAUUCCUUUCUAAGAGUGCGGAGUAGCCUUAGAAACGAAGAAAACAAACGUGCAAUAGCUGAAAGUGCAAGCUACCUAGGAAGGUCCAGUACCUGACAGCGGAAAGAUCGCGAAAAGGGUGAAGGGUACAAGCAUUUAAGGGUGGGUGGGGGGGAUGCAGCUCGAAAAGGCGGCGGUAUGGAGGAGCACUCGUUGGAGGCUCUCAUGCAGGCGGGCCUUAUUUUCGUGGUCGCCGUCGCCAUCAUCAUUUCGAAUCUUCUCAUUAUCGUCACCUACCUCAACUUCCGCGGUCCCUCCGAGGUGAUAAACUACUAUUUACUAUCACUCGCCUCGGCAGAUCUUCUGUGUGGUGUGUUAGUGGUACCGCUCUCAGUGUAUCCAGCAUUGGUUCGAAGAUGGGUCUACGGAGAUAUCGUGUGCCGACUCGUCGGUUACUUGGAAGUCACGCUUUGGGCGGUAUCAGUAUAUACCUUCAUGUGGAUCUCCGUGGAUCGUUAUCUGGCCAUCAGAAAACCACUCAGAUACGAGACAGUACAGACAAAAACCCGAUGUCAAUGCUGGAUGGUCUUCACAUGGAUCAGCGUGGCGAUGAUGUGCUGCCCGCCCUUACUCGGUUUCAACAAACCGAUUUUCGACCGCGAGGCCUUCAUCUGUAUGCUCGAUUGGGGCAAUAUGGCCGCAUAUACCAUCACGUUGUCCAUCCUCGUGUUGGGACCGUCAGUCAUCACCAUCGUCUAUACAUACUUCUACAUAUUCUCCAUGAUGAGGCGAUUGAAGUCCGGCGUUCUAAUCCACGACAAGGAGUAUGCUACUGCGUUAUCGGAAAAUCUGAGCAACCCGAGUCACAUCAUGUCUUUUGUCCUAGUAAUGGCUUUCUGGAUAUCAUGGGCACCAUAUGCCGGAUUAAGGAUAUACGCAGUCGUUAACGGACCUCCUCAGGUGCCGUUUUUACACUUUGCCGUGGUGUGGUUGGGAGUCACAAACAGCUUUUGGAAAGCGGUUGUGCUGAGCACACUAAGCCCCCAGUUCCGGUUGGCCGUGCGAGUGCUCUGUCUCACCAUAUGCUGUCGGCAUAGGCGACUUCCGCCGGAACUUCUCGGCCUCGACGACGAUGACUAACGUCACAUCGACUACGUCUGCAAGCAGGGACGCUUAUUUUGCGUUCUGUUCUAUCCGCGACGCGUUCUUAAGAAGUCGUUUUCACAUUUAUUCAAGGAUCGUCCUCGCAUCUUGGCACCACUCGCAAGAGACAGCUCCUUAAAAUUUCGCGCUCUGAUACAGGAAUAAAUAAAGAUGCAGUUCAUAAAUAUAUUGGUAUUGAUUCUUAAUUUACAUAAAAUGAAAGAUUUAAAUAGAAAUAAAAAGUGUAUAUUUAGUGAUAAAUUAACAAUUAUGUGGGAUAUUGACAGAGACUUUGAAAUAUGGAAGCAAAUUUGUAAACAUAUUAAAUUUUUUGAACUUUUAAGUGGAAAAUAAAGCAUAGAGUUCUAAUUUUUUAGUUUAAUUAUGU